UUGGCACCUGGUAUUCGCCACGAUGAUUUUUCACCAGAUGAAGACCGAGAAAUCAUAUUAAAAGUCCAGCAAUUCGGACCUAAAUGGGUAGAAAUUUCUUCAUUCUUUAAAGGAAGAUCUCCCAAUUCACUCAAGAAUAGAUAUAACGUUCACAUCAUGCGGAAAAAGAAAAUAUCCAUGGAGAAACCUAAAAAACUGCCAGAUCCACCUAAAAUAGAGCACGAGCCGGCAAAGGAUAUGGCUGAAGACUUGAUCGAGCAAUUAUGGACUGAAAAAGAUGUAAAGGGUUUUGGACUCGAGUCAAUGUUUCCAGAGUGA